AUGGCAAUAACAAUGAUUACUUCAACUCCUAGGAAAGAUAAGAAAAUAAAUUCGUCAGCAAAUAAACACAAUCGAGUAUGUGUUUCUGGUACACUUAAACAUAAUCCAAAAUAUGAAUUAAAAAAAGAUGAACUUAGACAAUUAGUAGCACUUCCAACAAAUGAUUCAUCACCAUGGUCAUCUAAUUUUGAAAAAUCAUCUAUAUUAACAAGAGUGAUUGAUGAAAAUAUAUGUCUUCAUCUAUCUGCAUCUAAUGAUCAGAUCGAAUGUAUUCGUCAUUUACUUAAAUUUAGUGCUAAUUCAUUACUUGGAAAUAAUCUUUGUUUAACAGCAUGGUAUAAUUUAUCGAAAUUAAAUGAAACAAUUGAACUUGAAUAUUUACAAAUAUUUGUUAAUAUCAAUCAAAUUCUGGUAAAGAGUUUCAUAUGAUCAUAAUAAUUAAUUAUUAUUUUUUAUAUAUUUUAACCACCUAUAGAUCUAAUUUUCAAUACUAUUGUACAUAAUCAUAUUUAUACUUAUAGUAUAUCUUUUAGAAAACAUUUUAUUUGUACAUCAAAUAACAUUCAAUAAAAGAGAAUAAUAAUCAAUUAACAAAUGAUCUUUGAUAAAUAAAACAUUUAUUUAUUAUUCUAUUUCAUAAAAAUCUUUUG